AUCCAUCUGGUGAAGUCUUGGGGUGUUGGAGAUAUCCUUAGGUGCAGGCCUCCCAGCUCAACCACAGGGGGGGCAGGGGGGUCACCACCAGAGGCGGACUGACAACUCCUGGGGCCCCCGGGCAAUAGGGGAUCAUGGGGCCCCUGUGUCCUUGCCCAAACUCAAAAAAGCCUAUGAAAAAGGUACCAGGGGCAUUUCAUGGGGCCCCCUACUGCCCCCGGGCCCUCGGGCAGUGCCCGAGUUUCCAAAUGGUCAGUUCGGACCCUGGUCACCACCCCCCUGAAAAAUGCUGCCCAAGGCAAAUGCCU